UCUCACCCUCAAAACCCUUAUUUGGGGCCGCCGGAGCGCCGCCUUCUUUCCCGGCCGCCAUGUCAAACACUUCCAGGCAGGCACAGCGCCACCUCUCUCUCUCUGAAUCUGCUGUCUUCCUUUGAUCACAGUGUUAAUGCGAUUGAGGGCAUUCAAGAGAUGGAUGAGCAGAGAGGGCAUAGAAUGCAGCGACGCGCUGGAGCUGGUGGACAGCGCCGACGACGGUGGGGACGGCGGAGGAUUGUGGGUGAGAGCUGUGUGCGAUCUGCGGGAGGGGGACAUGGUGGCUGCCAUACCCAAGCAGGCGUGCCUCACCACCAAGACCACCGGGGCAAGGGCCGUUCUCGAAGCCGCCGGCCUUGACGGCCACCUCGGCCUCGCCGUCGCCCUCAUGUACGAGCAAAGCCUAGGCCUUCAGUCGCCUUGGGCGCCCUAUCUUCGUCUAUUGCCUCAGACUGAAUGCUUGCCCUUGGUGUGGACUCCUGACGAAGUCGACGCUCUUCUUCCUGGCACUGAGCUCCACAAGAUGGUGAAAGAAGACAACUCUCUUGUUUAUGAGGAUUGGGAAGAGUGCAUUGUGCCCCUCUUAGCUUCAGCAUCCAUAAAGCUUAAUCCCAAAUUCUUUGGGGUUGAACAAUACUUUGCCGCAAAAAGUCUCAUUGCUUCUCGAUCAUUUGAGAUAGAUGAUUACCAUGGAUUUGGGAUGGUUCCUUUGGCUGAUCUCUUUAAUCACAAGACAGGAGCUGAGAAUGUACACUUCACCAAUGUGUCUUCUCAUUGUGAAUCAGACAAUGAUGUUGAGGACAACAGCAACGAUGAUUUAGACCAUAUUAGAAAAGAUGAUGAAUCAUUGCCUCAAAACUUUGAUUUGAUAAAAAAUGGGUUGUCAAUUGCCCUUGUUGGAAAGAAUUCUUUCAGUAGCCCAUUGGUUUUGGAAAUGAUUAUUGUAAAAGAUGUCAAAGCUGGAGAUGAGGUUUUUAAUACAUAUGGGUGUUUGGGCAAUGCUGCAUUGCUACACAGGUAUGGAUUCACUGAGCCAGAUAAUCCAUAUGACAUCGUGAAUAUCGAUCUUGAAGUGGUGCUUCAAUGGGGAUCAUCUUUGUUCUCUGGUCGUUACAUUAGAGCAAGACUCUCGUUGUGGAGAAGACUAGAUUACUCUGGAUGUGUCAGCCAGGACUCAGAAUAUUUUGAAAUCUCACCAGAUGGGGAGCCGCAAAUUGAGCUACUUAUUUUGCUUUACAUAAUAUUGUUGCCGGAGGAAGAAUAUAACAAGCUGGAUCUCACACUAUCUACCAUGGGGAAUUUUACUGACGCUACAGGCAUGGGUAUAUUGAAGAAAGGCUGUCCUUUAAUGGGAAAAACUUCGGAAAUCAGCGAGGAUUUGUUGCUGACUGCUGGAGUACAGGAUGCCCUAUUGUUGCUUGCAGAUAUUCGGGAGACAUUUUAUGGUUCGACUACAAUGGAAGAUGAUAUUGAAGCAAUGAGGAGUUGUGGCAGAAGAGAGCGAAAAAAGUUUCAUUCGAUGAUGCUCCGUGUGAGUGAGAGGAGGAUACUCAAGAAGCUGAGAGCAUAUGCUUCUGCAGGUGCUCGGUCAUUUAGAACUGCCAGGACGAGGAGGAUGAGGAAGAAGUCGAGAUCAUGAAAUGCACAACUUCCACUUCGAGAAAAUGUUUUUCUUUUGUUCUGCUUUUUAACUCCUUCGCGUGCUAAUGCGAAUGUUGCAUUUGGCAAUUGGUCGGGAAUUGUAUUAAUGGUUGAGUGGCUGAAGUGUUGAGUUUUUAUUCAAGUCCAAGAGAAGAUCCUGGAAUACAUCCAAACAAAAAUUGGAAAAACCAA